ACUAUCAAAAAUGGGUUCGCCCAGUCCAACGCUUGAAUGACACAAUAAAAAUAAAGUUUGGUCUUGCGAUCUCUCAGUUAGUGGAUGUGGAUGAGAAAAAUCAGUUGAUGACAACAAAUGUUUGGAUGAAACAGGAAUGGAUAGAUGUAAAAUUAAGGUGGAAACCUGAAGACUACGCUGGAAUAACAUCUAUUCGUGUCCCAUCAGAGUCUAUCUGGAUUCCAGAUAUUGUGUUGUAUGACAAUGCAGAUGGUCGUUUUGAAGGAACAUCUACAAAAACAGUAGUAAAAUAUGAUGGGACCGUUUCUUGGACUCCUCCAGCAAACUACAAAAGUUCUUGUACCAUAGAUGUUACAUUCUUUCCAUUUGACCUCCAAAACUGCUCCAUGAAAUUUGGUUCCUGGACCUAUGAUGGCUCACAGGUUGAUAUUAUUCUAGAAGAUUAUGAUGUUGACAAGAGAGAUUUCUUUGAUAAUGGAGAAUGGGAAAUAGUAACUGCAACAGGGAGCAAAGGGAAGAGAACUGAUGGAUGCUGCUGGUACCCAUUUAUUACAUAUUCAUUUGUAAUUAGACGGUUGCCUCUUUUUUACACACUGUUUCUCAUUAUUCCGUGUAUAGGACUUUCAUUUUUAACUGUCCUUGUCUUUUAUCUCCCUUCAAAUGAAGGUGAAAAAAUUUCUCUCUGCACUUCAGUACUGGUGUCUUUGACUGUCUUUCUUCUUGUUAUUGAAGAGAUUAUACCAUCAUCUUCUAAAGUUAUACCACUUAUUGGAGAGUAUUUGGUGUUUACUAUGAUUUUUGUGACACUGUCCAUUGUGAUAACUGUCUUUGCUAUUAAUAUUCAUCAUCGUUCCUCUUCUACUCACAAUGCUAUGGCACCUUGGGUCCGCAAGAUAUUUCUUCAUAAACUUCCAAAGAUACUUUGCAUGAGAAGUCAUGUAGAUAGAUACUUUGCUCAGAAAGAAGAAACUAGCAAUAUCAGUGGAUCAGAAUCAUCUAGGAACACCUUGGAAGCAGCUCGAGAGUCUAUCCGAUACAUUACAAGACAUAUCAUGAAGGAGAAUGACGUUCGCGAGGUUGUUGAAGACUGGAAAUUUAUAGCUCAGGUGCUUGAUCGAAUGUUUUUAUGGACUUUUCUUCUGGCUUCAAUAAUUGGAUCAAUUGGGUUGUUUAUUCCUGUUAUUUAUAAAUGGGCAAAUAUAAUAGUACCAGUCCACAUUGGAAACACACACACAUAAAAUAUUGGUGGGGUACCACUUCUGCUAUGAACGUGAUUCUUAAAAGAUACAUGGUAGUUCUAUGUUCAUGCAAAUAGUGUGUAUGGCACACUUUUAAUAGAAUUAUAAUCUUAAGUAUAAGGAAUCAUGCCUAUAUUUAAUCAUGGCAUUUUAGGACAUGUGCAAUACCUACUGCUUAGCUGUUAGCCUACUAAUUCAUUUCUAAAUCUGGACAAAACAAACACACCUUUUCAAACACUUGCAUGUAUUGUAUGCCCCCCCAAAAUACAGUACAUAGAUAACUGCUGAGAACUAGAGGGAUUUAAAAAACUUUUUAGAUGCUAGUUGUUUUAGAAUUGGCAAAACACUAUAUAAACUAUACACUGUACUACUGAAUGUUAAAAGUGUGUAGAUGUUUAUGUAUUAGAGCAUUGUGGUUGGUUACUUAACUUACCACAAUGAGCAGAAGAGGAUUUUAAGAGAAUAAAUUCUUUUGAGUGUUCUGAAAA